UGUGCGGGAAGGCUCCGCUCCUCAGCCCGCACCAUGAGCUCGUACAGCUACGACCCGUAUUACAGCGCCUCCUAUAAGCGCCGGGUGGUGGAGAGUAGCCCUCGGCUGCACAUCCGGAGUAGUUAUGGGUCCCCUAGCCGGAGCAGUUACUCUCCCACCCUUAGUAGCAGUGUACGCCGGAGCUAUGCCUCCUCCUCGUCCGCCGCCUCCAGCCUGCUGCACAGCGCCGACUCCAUGGACCUGACCCAGGUGGCCGCCAUCAGUAGUGACCUGAAGAUAGUCCGCACCCAGGAGAAGGCUCAGCUCCAGGACCUCAAUGACCGCUUCGCCAACUUCAUCGAGCGGGUCCAUGAGCUGGAGAAACGCAACAAGGUGCUGGAGGCGGAACUGCUCCUUCUCCGCCAGAAGCACAGCGAGCCGUCCCGCCUGCGGGACCUGUACGAGCAGGAGGUGCGCGAGCUCCGCAUGGCCCACGAGGAAGCCGCGGGGGACAGGCAGACCCUGCGCGGGGAGCGGGAGCGGCUGGAGGAGGCGCUGAGAGGGCUACAGGCGCGCUACGAGGAGGAGGCGAUGAGCCGGGAGGAUGCGGAGGGCAGGCUGCUGGAUGUGCGAAAGGAGGCGGACAUGGCGGCACUGGCCCGGGCAGAGCUGGAGAAAAGGAUGGACAGCCUGCUGGAUGAGAUCGCCUUCCUGAAGAAAGUGCACGAUGAGGAGCUGGCCCAGCUGCAGUCCCAGGUGCAGUAUGCCCAGAUCUCCCUGGAGAUGGAUGUGGCCAAGCCAGACCUCAGCUCUGCCCUGCGGGACAUCCGGGCGCAGUACGAGAAGCUGGCCGCCAAGAACAUGCAGUCCGCGGAGGAGUGGUUCAAGUCCAGGUACACCGUCCUGACGCAGAGCGCCGCGCAAAACACUAACGCAGUGCGGGUGGCCAAGGACGAAGUGUCCGAGAGCCGGAGGAUGCUCAAAUCCAAAGCGCUGGAGAUCGACGCAUGCCGGGGGACCAAUGAUUCUCUACAGAGGCAGAUCCAGGAGCUGGAGGACAGGCAGAGCUCCGAAGUGGGACAAAUGCAGGAUGCCAUAAACAAUUUAGAAGACGAGCUUAGAAAUACAAAGAGUGAAAUGGCAAGGUAUCUAAAAGAGUAUCAGGAUCUGCUCAAUGUCAAGAUGGCGCUGGAUAUAGAAAUUGCUGCAUACAGGAAAUUACUGGAAGGGGAAGAGACCCGACUAUGCUUUUCUGGUGUCGGGGCCAUCACCAGUGGAUACACACAAGCUGCCCCUGUAUUUGGACGCUCUGCAUACAGCCUGCAGAGCAGCUCCUACAUGUCUUCUCGCUCAUAUCCUACCUACUACUCCAGAGAUGUCCAAGAAGAGCAGCUUGAUGUAGAUGAGACCAUUGAGUCCACCAGGGCAGAAGAAGCAAAGGCAGAAGCCCCAGAGGAAGAAGAAGAGGCUGCAGAGGAAGAGGAAGGUGAAGGAGAAGAAGAGGGAGAAGGGGAAGAUGAAGGAGGAGAGGAAGCAGAGGGAGAAGAAGAGGAGGAGGAGGGUAAGGAUGAUGGGGGAGAUGAAGAGGAAGGUGAAGAAGAAGAGGGUAAGGAGGAUGAAGCUGAAGAAGACGGUGAAGAAGAAGAAGCAGCAGAAGAAGAGAAAGAAGAAAAAAAAGUUAAAAAAUAGGUUCCUUGCAGUUUAUGCCAAACACAUGAGUUAUUUCCCAGCUAAUAAAACCUUACCACUAAUACACUCUGUCCCCCCAGUUGCCAAAAAAUCACCUCUAAUCCUACAGAUCACCCCUAAUCACCUUUCUGUUUGUGUUGCCUUCUGUGUCUAGAGUUUGGGCCGUUUAAUUAGGGUCCUUACCCCACCCGGGCCUGUGUUUCCAGGUUGUGCAUGGUUAAUCCAGGUUAGUCUAAAACCUGGAGCUUCCAGUCUAUUCACAAUCAGUGCAGAGAUCAUCAUGACAUCCAUACACCGUCUUCCUCUUUUCAAACCCAUGUUUGUUCCAUGACCAUCAGUAGAUUUUAUAGCAAUACUGGUUUUACCAGCCUUCUCUUUAAAUCAAGAUGAAAAAGGCAAAUAGCCAUGAGCCAUUAAUUUAAAGGGCAAGACCCCCAACACUGAUAUUUAUGAAUACAAAGUAUAAAUACCCUCUGUGGCUGCAACAUUAUGACGCCAGUUUAAUGCCAUGACAUGUCCCUACUGAAUCUGCUAUAGAAAUAUAUAGGACAGACAGUAGAGGGCGAGUGACCAUAUUGAGAAGUGUAACCCUAUGUAAGCUGCACUACAUUGGCAGUAUCAUAGACUGGAGCAAGGGUUCUUAUGGGAAAAUACCUUCCCUGCUCCCCGAGAGGUUAAGAACAUCAACAACAUUCUAAACCUGGAGGUUUCCACCCAAAAAUGAAAUAUUCGUUUUUGGUGGAGGUCCAUAUUUUCCCCAGUGGUCUGAUUUCAAGGGAAGACUGAAUUUCUGCUUCCCAAGAACCAUAGCAUCGGAGGUGCUUUAUCCUCCUCAUUGUUUGCUAGGCAGUGUUGCAUUUUUGCCCCACCCCCAGCACUGCUGACGGCAAGGCAAUGGUUAGCUGCAGCUAAUGAAUAUGUUGGUGGCUUUUUGUGGAUCUGUGUGUACUUUACUCGCAAUAAAGAGACAAGCAGCAUCCAGUCAGCAAACUGAAAA